GUUACGGGCUCCUCCCUCCUCCGUCAAAUCUCUCUGAAAUCCGAUUAUAUUUGGCGCUGAGUGAUGAACGGCGCAUCUCCGGCUCAUUCGUUGGUAUCGACGACCGCCGUAGCUGGUGGCGGUGGAAGCAGCGGUGCCACCGCUGGUCUAGACGAUUUCCAUUUUCCACCGGAUAUUCCCUCUAUGCAAGACCGAAAAGACGAAGCUAUGCGUGUUUUGAAAGCUGAUUUGAUGGCUGAACUUGACAAAGAGGUUAAAUCUUUGGAAGACGAUAGUUGGAUGUUCGAAGGUCCUCGUUCUCGAAUCCAUCUUAUCUCCAGAAGAGGUAACUUUCUAAAGAAAGAAGGUGUAGCUGUGGCCAUAUCAAGCAUUAUUCAGCUGCCUAGAUGAUCGAUCAGAUUCAAGUAAGAAAAUUCAGAAGUGGUCGUAAGGUCUGCUGUUCAGAUCGAUGGUGUUCGUCACUAACGCCACUAAAACGUUGACUUUAUUUUCUACCCAUUUUAAAAGGGCUAAAAAUAGCUAUUUCAAUCGUGUGUGAAUAAUUGUGUACAAGUGAUAAUCAUUUAUGAGUGUGUUAUUAACAACAUUAAAAUAUGAUUAAGUACUUUAGUAUAUAUAUCAAUGUUUUCAAGAAUCGAAAUAAUCAAACUUAUUUUGUUAUGUUUA